GUGAAGUGCUGCCGGUGGCCAAUCUGCUGUUGCGCGGACUGGAUCAUAAGUCAGCCGCUCCCAUUCCUCACAUCCCUCCGCGCUCCUCAUUGUGCUCUGCUGACUCAGUGCCUUAAGCAUCAUCCGCUCUCAACGCCACUGGCACAAACCUCGACCAUUGUGGAAAUUAACAAGGAUUCAAGAAAGGACACCAUGGCCAAGACAGCUAUCGCAUACAAGGAAAAGAUGAAGGAGCUGUCCAUGCUCUCGCUCAUUUGCUCCUGCUUCAACCCACAGACACGCAACAACCUGGUCUGUGAGUUUGAAGAUAUGGAAGUAAAGCCAAUAAAUAAAAGGGCCUCAGGCCAGGCCUUCGAGGUGAUUCUGAAACCACCCUCACCGGUGUCAGACGUGGCCCACAGCAUCACCUCCCCUCCAAAGAAGAGGGAUAUGUCACUGGACGACAUCCAGAAGAAGCUGGAGGCUGCUGAGUACCGCAGAAGGUCCCAGGAGGCUCAGGUGCUCAAAAUCCUGGCUGAGAAGCGUGAGCACGAGAGGGAUGUGCUGCUCAAAGCCAUGGAGGAAAACAGCAACUUCAGCAAGAUGGCAGAGGAGAAGCUCAUUCUGAAGAUGGAGCAGAACAAGGAAAACCGUGAGGCCUACCUGGCAGCCAUGAUGGAGCGCCUGCAUGAGAAGGAGCGACAUGCUGCAAUUGUCCGCAGGAACAAGGAGCUGAGGGAAGAACUAAUAGCGUGAAGUUAUCCUCUUCCUCCUCGUCCUCCUCAUCAUGCCCUUCAUCAACCAACCCGUCAUCCUAUCCUGCUCACGCACACUCACACACAACCACUGGUAAAACCCAGUCAGAACAACUAGUAUCACACUCGUAUACUGUUUGAACGGUCUUGCUUGAUUUCAUAGAGUAACGGAAAGACACAAGUAUUAUUUUGUAAAUACAUCUUUUUUUAUCUCUUACUCUGUCUCUCUCUUUCUCUCUAUCGAUCUAUCUUUCUGUCUAUCAGAUUGAAUGAUAUCAAAUCAAAUGUAUCAGAUCUACACGAUACGUGAUGUUAAUUCUUUCAUUAUUAUUUGUUUUGGUUCAGGCACGUCUGGUUUGAUCAUGUGAAAGGUUUUCGAUGUUGUGAGUAAGCUGCCCGCUUACGUUUGCAGUGUUCAAUGAUGUGAAGUUUGGUGUAAUUGUGAAGAAUGCAAAACGCUUUCAGUGCUCAGGCCCCAGAUCAACAUAGAUUUACAUUUUCAAAACGCAAACCCACCCGGACUCAUAAAUAUAUAGUGCACUUACGUUUAUAUACAGCAUGAUCAAGACAUUUUCCUGAACUACUAGCUUGAAAUACGAGUACCGACGAGAACAAAUAAAAACAUGUUAAUAGUGUUUCAUUUGUAAACAAAAUCUCUUCUGUAUUUUUAGUUUCUUUGCUUAAUAUAUAAACUGAAAUAUCACUCUCUUGAAAUGUUACGCACAUCUGCAUGUCGACAUCUGCAAACGUACUCUUUUGUUGGCUGACGUUUGGAAACACUGCACCCUUUCUGGACCCUUUGGACUAGAGUCUAGACAGCUUGACAUAGCCUGCGUUAGAAUACAAAAGAAAAGGAAAAAACCUGCCCCAAUCCCUUACAUUGAUUCUGGCCUUCGACACUCAAGGCUGAUGUUUAUCGUCUAGCAGGAGUAGACAUCUUCAUUAGUGCAGCGGUGUAAUUAAGGGAGUCGUCGUAUCUCUCCGAAUGUUCUGACAUCUGUCUGGCUUGAUAAAAUAGGUAACAUCUUUACCAGCUGAAUGUACCCUCAUAUACUCCCAACUACAGCCUUUGACGUGUGACUAUUUUCUAUUUGGUUUGGUUUCGUGCGAUCGGAGUGAGUGUGUGUCGGUGUGUGUGUCCACGUUAGGUUGCCCGAGCAUUGUGUCCUUUCUCUCUGGAAGUGAAGUGAUAGGCAGAUGCAGAAUAUGCACUGAAUGAUUAUGAUUUUAUUUGGAUUUGUUUUUCAAAUCACUGUCUCCUCUAUAAAUAUGCUUGAAGUGUCUUCGGCUGCCAAAAUUGUCUUUUCCCCCCUCUCAUUUCCGUGUGUGCAAACUUUGGUGAAAAUAAAGGUUUGGGGUUCUGUGAA